UCGCGCAUCAAAAACUAACGAGCAACGUAUGUUGAAUCGCAUGCUGAUGUGCACGAUUGCCAUAUGCUUUCUGCUGAUAUUUGUCGUCAUCGGUAUCAUACUUGUGUUAAUCUAUAAACCGAUUUACGUGUGGGAACUUGACAUACCUUAUUGAAGAUACCCGAAGAAUCUCUCCGCUCGACUCUACGCUUGUAACAGGAUUGAAAUAAAUUAUCAACCUCGACAAAAUGGUUAGAUCAGCGCAGCGAGGUGUCCUUCAUGUGCUUCUGGUACUCUCCGCUACGACUUUGACGAGAUGCGCGUUACUGGAGAUGUCCCGGAUGCUCUGGAACAAGACGGUGUCCGGAGGCUUGACGAAAAUAGGCAGACUGGACCCGUUGAGGGUGCCGUUGAUCAAAGUUGAUCAGUCCGAGGGCGACGCCAAUUACAGAGUGAUCCUGAAAAACUUGGAGGUCGUCGGGCUCAAUGGAUCGGUCCUGGAGAGUAUUCACAUCGCUCGUGGCGGACUGAGGUCCAACCUGAGUGAAACUCAGGCCGGAUACGUGAGUUACAGCGACCUGCGAGAUGUGGAUUCUAUCGGAUAUAGAUUCCACACUAUGAUGAGGGAACCCAGUAUACCCAAGGAGAGUUUUGAAGCCGUCGUUUCGCCCACGAAUCAAGCUGCUGACAUAAGGCCCUCUUCGCGAUAUCAAGAUGCUCGCUUCGACCGAUUGCAGCAGGAUCAACACGGCAGGACGUUCGAGCAAAGUCGGCAGUAUGAUGGACGAAUUCCUCUCCGUCCCGAUGUCACGUCUGAUGGUUUUUACAGAGGCAAUUUGAAAGCGUCGAACAAUUUUGAGACGAAUUCUGGGAAUAUCGAGAGUUUCAAGCGACCGGCUUACGUUCAGCCGAUUUAUGCGCAGAGAACGAGAGGUUUCCAAGGAUAUCGCGGAAAUUUGCAGAAUAGUGGAGACACGAUCGAUUGCGACGAUACAAAGGCCGCCCAAUUUAGAGGAAAUCAGGGCAACCAACGAUAUAUAGAUCGACAACGCGCCAAUGCUGGAUAUUACGGUGAACGAGUCGGGGAUGCUGAGGUUUCCGCGUCGGAAAUAGUCGAGACCAGAUUGAAAAAUCGGGAUGAUGUAAGACCGCCUGCGUUGUAUAACAGAGAACAGUCUCGGCACUCGGACCGAUCGGACGUUGCAUCUUCCGGCAAUGUUAAAUCGUCGAGAAACGGGAUGAGGGAGCGAUUGGGUUACAUCGACAUCGUCUACGCGGAUGAGAAAACCAACGGCAGCGUAAAGCGUUUCGGUAAUCUGGGUACCGAUGCCGGAGAGAAUCGGCGAGUAUACGGCAUCGAAGACGUCAUGAAGAACAUUCGGGAGAGCACGAAAUUCAUUAACUACAAUUUUACGGAGGGUGAAGCCCUAAGAAAGAGAAACGACAUGGUUAAAGCUGCGAUGGAAGCCAAAAGAUUGAAGGAUCUGACCAGAUAUGCGAAAACCUAUCAAGAGCAGCAAGGGUACUUCGAGGAAGGCAUGCAGCUGAUCUAUCAUUAUGGAAUAGACGCAAAAAAUGAUAGUAAUCUCAAUGAUACCAAAAGAACGAAACGAGCGCAUCCUGAGGAAACAUCCGAAGACGAUCUGAUGCAUGUGAUUUUGAGAAUACGCGUUCCGCUGCUUCGCGUGAAGUCUCAGUACACGCUUCUGGGAAAAGUGGGGAAGGAGAUGUUACACGGCAACGGUCUACUCGUCGGGAACUUCACCGAUGUAGUGGGCGACUUUACGCUGGAACUGAAGAAGAUCAACGAAGAAUUGGUGAUCGUCCGUGCUGCUAGAGCGAAGCUAUCCGCGAAGGAUGAGAAAAUCAGUCUUCAAGGUAUGGACGAGAAGGGACCGGUGCAGGCUGUUCUCAGUUAUGGUUUAACGGCUGCGGAGGCAGUCGCCGCGAUGCUCGCCGACGACUUCGCGACCAAGGGACUCAGCGAGAGAACGUCUGACGCGUUGAUCUACAGGAUGUAUAAGGAUUUGCCAGUCAAUUAAUCAGUCCGUUUUCGAGGCAAUCGAGAACUUUACAUCGUCUUUCCGCUCGUCAAUCAUGUUUUAUUUUAUGCAUAUUUAUU